UCUUCCCUUUCUUCCUAUGCGUGCGGACGCUCAAAGAAAACCCCAAGGACACAAGACCAUCGCCGCGCUUGGUGGCCACUCCUGCUCCGAACUGCACCGUCGGAGGCUCAGGUACACCCUAAUGGAACCCAAACGUAAAGCUCCUCUCCUCGCCCCUCUCGUCUCCUUCAACCGAACCCCCAAACGCCAUACAUGGGAUACGUUCCUCCAUCCGACCACCGUCCAUGGUGGUCGGGUCUGCUACAACUCACCUACAAACGAAAAGAAAAAGAGAACUUCCCCCUUUUUUGAUCUAAACCUAAAAAAAACCUCCCAAAAGAGAAAUAAACCCCCAAACGACCCAAAGACUCUCGGCCAAACACUUUCCGACGACGACGCACUCUCCUCUGGCGAGAAACGACGAACCAGGGUCUCGAUGGAGCUGCUCAUGUGGCCACGAGAUGUUGUCGUUGAAGGAGAGCCAUCGUUGGGGGGCCUCUGCGUGAAAGGGGGGACCACAUUGCUGCUUGGAGACUGAUGUGGCGUGUGCUUCACGUGGGAGCCUGCUGGGGCUAUUGGAGGCCUGUUGCAUGCGUGGGAUAAGCUGCUGGAUGUGAGGAGGGGCAGGACAGACCACUGGCGCGUGACUCGGGUGUGCCAACGUGGAAGAAGAGAGCUUGGCGGCGACUGUCCUUUUCUUAGGGUUGCUGAUAACCCCAAAAUAUGUUUUGGGCCUUGGUUGGUGGGCUCAGAGUUUGUAAUGGGUCAAUGGGCUAAGUGGCUGAAUGGUCUGUUUGUAAAUGUGUUAGAAUGAUGGGUUUUAUUUAGAAAUGAAAUUGAGUUUGUAAAUGGAUUACUUUGA